GGCGGGACUUGCGCAGGCGCAGUGUGGCCGGCGUCAUGGCUUCCCGAGCUAAGAAGCGAGCGGUGGGAAACGGGGUUCAGCGGCUGGGAGUGCAGGGUCACCACGAGGAGGAAGAAGAGGAUGAGGUGGAAGAUGAGGAAGAAGACGUUGACGACGAUGAAGACAGUGAGGAAGAAGAUGAUGAAGACGAGAUCGUGGACGAGGAAGUGAAUAUUGAAUUUGAAGCUUACUCCAUCUCAGAUAACGAUUAUGGCGGAAUUAAGAAAUUACUGCAACAGCUUUUCCUAAAAGCUCCCGUGAACACUGCAGAGCUAACGGAUCUUUUGAUUCAACAGAACCACAUCGGGAGCGUGAUUAAGCAAACCGAUGUUUCAGAAGACAGCGGUGAUGAAGUGGAUGAAGAUGAGAUCUUCGGCUUCAUAAGCCUUUUAAAUUUAACUGAAAGAAAGGGCACGCAGUGUGCGGAACAAAUUAAAGAGUUGGUUCUGAGCUUCUGUGAGAAGAACUGUGAGAAGAGCAUGGUUGAACAGCUGGACCAGCUGUUGAACGACACCAGCAAGCCUGUGGGCUUUCUGCUCAGUGAAAGAUUCAUUAACGUCCCUCCACAGAUUGCGCUGCCGAUGCACCAGCAGCUCCAGAAAGAAUUAUUGGACGCACAAAGAACCAAUAAGCCAUGCGGGAAGUGCUACUUCUAUCUGCUGAUUAGUAAGACAUUUGUGGAAGCAAAAAAAUCCAGUUCCAAAAAGAAGCAGGAUGGUCUUCAGCAGGAAGCCUUGAUGUUCGCAAAUGCAGAGGAAGAGUUUUUCUAUGAGGAAGCGAUCCUGAAGUUCAGCUACUCGGUGCAGGGGGAGAGCGACACUUGUCUGGGAGGCAGGUGGUCCUUUGAUGAUGUGCCGAUGAAGCCCUUGCGAACUGUGAUGGUAAUCCCAGAUGACAAGAUGAGUGAGAUCAUGGAAAAGCUGAAAGACCAUCUAUCUGUCUAGUCCAUUUCCCCCGGACAGUGAAGGACUUGUUUAUGUAUAAUUACCAAGAAACCAUUGGGGAGAUACUGAAAAACUCAUUAUUUUAUUCAGUCAAGUUCUCUACAAAAAGUAGGCUUCUGUUCCAUGUGUCUAUGACACGUUUACAUUUUAAUUUUUUUUUUUUAAGUUCUGGUCAAAUUAUGAAUGAUUGGUUAAAAACUUCCAAUAAGAAAAAGAUGGAAUAGUAAUUUUAAGAACUUAAUAAAAACUAUUUUUUUAUUUUAAAAUCA